AUGACUGAGUUUACCCCUCUUAUCGUCGCCGCCCUGGACUUUGGUACCACCUAUUCCGGGUACGCUUUUCAGAUGAGACACGACUACGAACGAGAACCUUUGAAGAUCAGCACAAAUUCCUGGAUCGGCAGCGGAAAUUUGAUGUCACAAAAAACCCCGUCUUCAGUGCUCCUCUCACAAGACAAAAAAUUCCACUCCUUUGGAUAUGAAGCCGAAAAUAAGUAUUCUGAACUGACCGAGGAAAAUAAUCAUACGGGCUGGUUGUACUUUAAACAAUUUAAAAUGCUUUUACAUAAUAACAAGACACUUGGUCGAUCCACCUUGAUAAAGGAUAUAAAUGGCGAGGUGAUGCCGGCGAUGACCAUCUUUUCCAUGGCGAUACGAUACCUGAAGGAACACCUGAUGACCAUGGUCCAGAAACAGGUACUAAGCGACGUGGGGGAGGACAUGAUCGGCUGGGUUAUCACCGUCCCGGCGAUCUGGGACGAAGGCGCCAAACAGUUCAUGAGGGAAGCAGCACAAGCUGCUGGUAUAUGCACAGAUCAUCUCCAGUUGGCGUUGGAGCCGGAGGCUGCCUCAGUGUAUUGUAUGAAGGAACAUACUAUUUUGGUGCGCGAAAAACGCAUUGGUCAAGCACUGUUCGAGGAGGGCUCCAGGUUUUUAGUUGUAGACAUGGGAGGUGGAACCAUUGAUAUGACAGUGCACGAAAUAACAGUAGAUCAGUGCAUCCGUGAGAUCCGACGAGCCUCGGGAGGGGCGUAUGGCGGUACGACAGUGGACAAGGCUUUCCUAACGUUCUUGCAGCAAGUGUUUGGUGCCGAAAUUCUGGAAAAACUCAUGCAGGAUGCAAUGACAGAUUACCUCGACUUGUUUAGUGAGUUUGAGAUGAAGAAAAGAACGUUUAAGUCUGGAUCAGGGAGAAAAUUUGUGCUUCAGAUUCCAGUAAAAUUGAAAGACUUGUAUGAGAGAAUGACAGGUAACAAGCUAGCCGAUAGUAUGACAAAGUUCUCAAAAAGUGCUUCUAUAAAAAAAAACAAAAUGCACAUAGGACUCGAGAAGUGUACGGAGUUUUUCAGUGAAGCAAUGUCAGGGACAAUGAGUCACGUCCUAGAGGUUAUGAAUGACGAUAUCACAACGGUAGUGUUGGUUGGUGGGUUUUCCGAGUCAUCUCUUGUACAAGCACAAUUUGAAGAGAUGUUUCCAAACAAGGUCAUCGUCUGCCCGCAGGAUCCCGGGCUUGCUGUUCUCAAAGGUGCCGUAUUGUAUGGAUUUGAUUCGCAUGUCAUAAAAUCCCGAGUUAUGAAGUACACCUAUGGUAUAGAAUUAAAUAAAGUGUUUGAACCAAAACUACAUUCACCUCAAAAUAAAUUCUGGUGUCCGACCAAUAACCAGUGGUAUUGUUGUAAAUGUUUUGAUCCGUUUUUCAUGGCAGAACAAGAAGUGGAGGUUGGCAGCAUUGUCACAAAGUUCUACAGUCCGGGACCCAAUCAGAAUGUGGUAGAAAUAACAGUUUACGCCUCUUUCCAAUUGCCGACUUACGUUAACGAACCGUCCUGCUUUAAAAUCGGCAAAAUCACGGUGAAACGCCCUGCCCAGGGUUGGAAUCCACAGGCGCUACUCCAGGUUGACGUAAUGUUUGGAGGAACAGAGUUCACAGUGAAGGUUUCAGACACAUGCCAAGGAUCGUCGUACGUGAACAAAUUCGACUUCCUUCAGUGA